AUUUCUACUCUCUCUCUCUCCAUUUCUUCAAUCUCUCUCUUCUUUCGGACUUCAUUCUCUACGCGAUCUCUUGGGAACCGCCCAAUUCGAAUUCUUCACUUUCACUUUAUGUUUCAGAAUUCUAGGGUUUUGUUUUGCUCAUUCUAUUUGGAUUGACAAUUGAGGUGAGGUCUUGUAUUUGAGCCUCGUAUAUGUGACCCUGAGGACUUGAGAAAACAUGCCUUCAUGGCAGGGGAAGUCAUCAUCAAAAGAAGCAAAGAAGAAAUCAAGCAAGGAGGGUUUUUUUGAGACAUUAUACCGAAAAUUUAAGAAUCCAUCUGAAAGUAAAUCUACUAGUAGAUCAGGAGAGUCUCGAAGACAUUGCAAUGACACAGUUUCAGAAAAGGGGUCUCAAUCUCGAGCAGGGUCAAGGUCACCAUCACCUUCUAAACAUGUAUCAAGGUGUCAAAGUUUUGUUGAGAGGCCUAUGGCCCAACCACUUCCACUUCCAGGUCUUCGCCCCGCAGGCGUAGGCCGUACACAUUCUGGAAUUACUGGAUCAGCAAAACCAAGGGGGGAAAAGGGCUCCAAGCCCUCAUUGUUUCUGCCUCUCCCAAGACCUUCAUGCAUCCGAAACAAGCCAGAUCCUGCAGAUUUAGAUGGAGAUUUGGUCACUGCUUCCAUUUCUAGUGAAGGUUCUGUAGAUAGCGAUGAUCCAGCUGACUCACGUCAGCGUAGUCCUCUGGCAUCUGACUAUGAAAUUGGGAGUAGAACUGCUGCAGGCAGCCCUUCCAGCAUGAUGGUCAAGGAUCGGUCUUCUGUCACGCAAACAAACUCAAUGGAGGCACUUAAACCAGCUAAUAUUUUGUUCAAUCCUUCACCUUCUAAAAGGAGACCUUUGAGCAGUCAUGUGCCGAACCUACAGGUCCCUUAUCAUGGUGCCUUCUACAGUGCUCCAGACAGCUCAAUGUCAAGCCCUUCUAGAAGUCCAAUGAGGGCAUUUGGCAAUGAACAAGUAAUAAAUUCUGCUUUCUGGGCUGGAAAGACUUAUCCAGAUCUUUCUUUCAUUGGAUCUGGCCAUUGCUCCAGCCCAGGCUCAGGUUACAAUUCUGGGCAUAACUCUAUGGUAGGUGAUAUGUCUGGGCAAUUAUUUUGGCAGCCCAGCAGGAGUAGCCCAGAGUAUUCUCCAAUUCCUAGUCCCAGAAUGAAUAGCCCUGGCCCUAGCUCCAGAAUUCAGAGUGGUGCUGUUACACCACUUCAUCCAAGAGCUGGAGGGGCAGCCCUUGAAUCGCAGACUAGCUGGCCUGAUGAUGGAAAGCAACAAAGUCAUCGUUUGCCCCUUCCUCCAGUGACAGUUCCAAAUUCUUCCAUUUUCUCCCCAUCAAAUUCAGCAGCAACAUCCCCCUCAGUACCACGAAGUCCAGGAAGGGCCGAAAUUCUGGCAAGCCCUGGCUCACGCUGGAAAAAGGGAAAGUUGCUGGGUAGAGGCACCUUUGGGCAUGUUUAUGUUGGUUUUAACAGUGAAAGCGGUGAAAUGUGUGCAAUGAAGGAGGUUACAUUGUUUGCAGAUGAUGCAAAAUCAAAGGAAAGUGCAAAGCAGUUAGGACAAGAAAUUGCUUUAUUGAGCCGCUUGCGGCAUCCCAACAUUGUGCAGUAUUAUGGUUUUGAAACAGUAGGUGAUAAAAUUUACAUAUAUUUGGAGUACGUAUCAGGUGGUUCCAUCUAUAAGCUUCUACAAGAAUAUGGACAAUUUGGUGAAUUGGCAAUCCGCAGUUAUAGUCAACAAAUCUUAUCAGGGCUUGCAUAUUUGCAUGCUAAAAAUACCGUCCAUAGGGACAUAAAAGGAGCAAAUAUCCUGGUGGACCCAAAUGGCCGCGUCAAGUUGGCGGAUUUUGGAAUGGCGAAGCAUAUCACGGGGCAGUCUUGUCCAUUGUCAUUUAAGGGAAGCCCUUACUGGAUGGCACCUGAGGUUAUAAAAAACCCAAAUGGUUGCAACCUCGCGGUUGAUAUAUGGAGUCUUGGUUGCACUGUUUUGGAAAUGGCUACUUCAAAACCACCUUGGAGCCAGUAUGAAGGGGUUGCUGCCAUGUUUAAGAUUGGAAAUAGUAAAGAACUGCCUGCAAUUCCUGAUCACCUCUCUGAUGAAGGAAAGGAUUUUGUGAGGCAGUGUUUGCAACGAAACCCAAAGCAUCGUCCUACAGCUGCUCAGCUUUUGGACCACCCUUUUGUGACAAAUGCUGCUCCUUUGGAAAAGCCAUUUUUUAUAGGUCCUGAGCCUUCGGACCCUCCUCCUGGGGUUACAAAUGGGGUGAAAUCUCUGGUACGGUUAUCUUUUAAUGUUGUCACUUUCAUCUAUGCCGAGAUCAAAUUGAUUCCUUUGUUCUCGUUUUUUUUUUAAAAAUGUUUUUUGAUAAGUUGACUGAAGUCCUCUCAUGGUACUUUGUUUCUCAUACCACCACAAAUAUGUCUAAUGCAUUUGGGCACCAACUGUUAGGUUGAGUGGUGCCUACACUGGGGCACCUUGUUGGAGAUGCAGGUUUCCAGUCCUAGUUGGAACAGAUGUGCAAUAAUUAUCAAGAAAAAGAGACUGAAACAUUACAAUCUUGUCCCAUUUUUUGUACUUUCCUUCAUAUACGAGACUAAGAAAAGAUGGUUAGAGAUAAAAAAACGAGGAUCAUAGAGUAAUUAAAAAAACAAAGGAGUUUGAAAGUGUAUAAUGAGCAAUAUUUUUGGAUGCACUUGGAUGUGUUUUCAAUAUAAACAAACUCUCGGUCUAAAGCCUUACAUAUUGACAGAUAUUUGUUAGGGGCAAUGUUUUGUUGUUUUUGUGAUAUUCUUGUUCAAUCUCAAUGAAAUAUCAUGUUAUGCAUAGCUUCUACAUGGGGUCUUCUUUGGUUUACCAUAACUGCUCGUGAUUUAUGAACUAGCUUCAGGGCAUUGGACAUGGGAGUAACAUUUCAACCUUGAAUUCAGAAGGACUAGCCAUACAUUCAUCUAGAAUUACAAAAUCUGGUUUCCAUUCCAGUGAUAUUCAUAUUCCCAAGAACAUAUCAUGCCCAGUCUCUCCAAUUGGGAGCCCUCUUUCACAUCCAAGGUCACCACAACACCUGAAUGGAAGAAUGUCUCCGUCACCCAUGUCUAGCCCUCGCACCACGUCAGGCUCAUCCACACCUCUCACGGGUGGCAAUGGUGCUAUCCCAUUUCAUUGUCUUAAUCAGACGGUUUGCUUGCAAAAGGGUUUUGGAAGCAGGCCGAAGUCCCCACACAGUCCUUACAUCAAUGGCCCCUCCUAUUAUGAUCCAAACGCUGACAUCUUUCGAGGGAUGGGAUCUCAUGCUUUACAAGAAUGGUUACCCUGUGAAAGUGAUGCUCUUAGGAAGCAGUUUGGAAGGCCUGCUCAUGGAGAACUGUAUGAUGGGCAAUCUGUAUUAGCUGAUCGUGGGUCUCAACAACUCAUAAAGGAUUAUGUGAAGUUGAGCCCAUCUUUGGAUCUCAAUCCAUGCUCUCCAUCACGAGACCACGUGAACAGAACCUAAAUGUAUUGUCUGGGACCCACUAUUCAGGGCAAAGCUUGCAAAGACUAUCCUUGUUUCUCAGAUUUCCACCUUGAAUUUAUUCAUCAUCAUUGAUGUUGAGGGAAGCUUACCACAAUAAGGGUGCAAGAUGGAAAAUAACUCUAAUAAGGUGACAUUUUUGGAAGAUAAAAUGGCUCGAGGGAACAAGAUUUUUGCCAUCAUAGGGAUGUUUGGGCUGCUGCUACUGCAACUUCUUGUAUUGUAAAGUACCUGAGUUUAACUGAAGUACCUGCACCAAUUUAUGUGCACCCUUUUGAGAUGAAACCGACUUCCUGCGGAUAGAAGAUGCUACAUUGACUCGUACAAGUUGAGUGUUUAAGCCUUCAUGUGACACUUGACUGAUUUGAGGUAUAAAUGAAUGGUUGACUGAAGAUAGCUUCAGUGAUGCACUGUAUAGCAGAUCCUUCAUGAUAUCAGAGAACUGUAUAUUUUACAUCAUUGAAUAGAGGAGAAGAAUGUGUAAGCCUGGACAUUAUGUAGCUUUAGGUCUAUUUUAUCUGAAGGGCCUGAAACUGCUGUACAGGAACUGGGGAUACUAUCGAAUUUGGAUUUUGUUGACGAAUCGGUUAAAAAAUUGCUGAGGGGUAGCAAUUAUGUUUCUUGCAACAGAUCAUGCAGGCUCUGGUGUAGUUGUCGGUAUGUACAAUCUUUCCGGAUUGUUGUCUGUACAUUAGCAUUUUCAGUAAAUCAAUGGACUUUUAAUGCCCG